AUGCCAGUCAAGCGAUCCGCCGGUUCCUCAUCCGCCGUCCCCAAACGAACGCGCUUCGACGACCGACCCUCUUCCUCCGCUGCUGGAGCUUCACCAGCAGGUUCUGGCUCCCUAUCAGCCAACGACGAUGACGACUUGUUAGAAGAAGAUUUACCCCAAGGAGCAGCACGAGACAAACAGCGUGCGAAGCGUUCUCUAAAAGACACAGAAGGUUAUGGAUCAGAUUCGUCCAAUGAUGAAGAAGGGGUGGUACCUUCUCGUAGACCAGGUGCAGAAAAAGAUGAAGAAGAUGAUGAUGUAGAUAUGUUUGCUGAUGAUGGCGACGAAAAAGCCAAACCUGCCGAUAAAGGCAAAGGGAAAGAGAAGGAAUUUAUGGAUCUGAAUGAAAUUGAAGGACAGGAAUUUGAUCAACCUCCCCGUAGAAUCGAUGAAGAGGGUGAAGGGGAUAGUGAUUCCGAAGAUGAAGAAUUACGCAAGAAUGCUAAAACUGGAUUAGAUGGCGAUAUGGGAUCUGAGAUUACUCCAUUUAACAUGAAGAGCGAGAUGACCGAAGGUCGAUUUACAGCUGAUGGCGAAGCUUAUAUGGAGAAUGAAAAAGAUGAAAAUGAUAAACAUGAUUCAUGGUUGACCAACUUGAAUAAAGAGGAAAUAAAGAAAGCUAGAAGAGCCCAUAGGGAAAGAGAGAGGUUGGAAAAGGAGAGAGAAGAGAAAGAAAAUUCAAAAGAGAAUAAAAUAAAGGAAAGAGAGUUGUUAAGAGAAGCGGUGGGAUUGUUAGAAAGAGGGGAAACUGUUUUAGAAGCUUUACAGAGAUUAGGUAAAGAGUAUAAUAAAGAGGAUCCAGCGAAAAAGAAGAAAAUGAGCUGGGCAGAGAAGCAGAAAGAGAGGAAGAAGUUGAUGGCCAUUGAGCAAGAACAGAGCGACCCAACACACACUUCCAACCCAUUCACAAACCUGUCCAACAUCGUCUCUCAGCUCACUACGAUAGGUCAUCUCGAAGUAUACUCGAUGUCUCGGGAGAGUAUACAGCGUAUGUUACCGGCUGAAGCUUCAUCGACGAACGGAUCUUCGUCUCGUCCAAAUGCUAUACCGGCUACACCUGUAGAUACAAGGCAAUUUCAGUAUAGAUUCUCUAUGGCUUAUGUGAGGAAUUUGCCGGAAGCUCAAAGACCGGUGGAGAGGGAGGUGUUUGGUCCAUUCCCCGUACAACAACUGAAACAAUGGAGGAAUACGGGAUUCUUCGGUGGUCCAGCUUGUGAGAAUGUGGAAUUGAGAUUGGCGGGAGAUCAACCUGGUCCUUGGGGAAGUUGGCCGGAUAUAGUCGGUCAAUAA